CAAGCUGGUGGUGAUGGCUGAAACUCAAACUAACGCAUAAAGAAAGCGACACUGUGGUGAAUGAGUGAACUGAGAGCUGCUCGCUAUAUAAACAGCAACAUGUGGAGGAGAUGCGCUCAAGUUUCCUGAUGAGUCGCUGCAUGUGACACAGAACAAAGGAGCGCGCGAGCGCAACCCAAAACAUGACGCGUGACUCUCGUGCCUAAGGGAUGCGUGGAUUAUUAUUCUUAUCAAUAAUAUGAGUGGCCAUGGCUUGGUGUGACCGUGGGAUUCAGAUGCUGCUGGCCACCGUCGGUGCUUUUGUGGCGUUUAGUUUGAUGAGCAUCGCGAUCGGGACCGAUUAUUGGCUUUAUUCGCGGGCUUAUAUCUGUAACGCAACCAACAUCACCUCGGAUGAGACGCAGACGCAACCCAAGAAAGUGCGCGGAGAUCUUACGCACUCCGGGCUGUGGAGGAUCUGCUGUAUUGAAGGUUUGAACAAGGGAACGUGUUACAGAAUCAAUCAUUUCCCUGAUGAUAAUGAUUAUGACACGGACAGCUCGGAGUAUCUUUUACGUAUUGUGCGCGCCUCCAGUGUUUUCCCCAUUCUCAGUACUACACUGCUGAUGCUGGGUGGGCUGUGUGUUGGGGUCGGCCGUAUCUAUAGCAAGAGAAACAGCAUAUUACUAAGCGCAGGGAUACUGUUUGUGGCAGCAGGUCUGAGCAACAUUAUCGGCAUUAUCGUCUACAUCUCCAGCAACGCCGGAGACCCCAGCGACAAGCGAGAUGAGGACAAGAAGAACCAGUAUAACUAUGGCUGGUCUUUUUAUUUCGGCGCACUUUCGUUCAUCGUCGCCGAGGCCGUCGCUGUUUUGGCCGUCAACAUCUACAUCGAGAAGAACAAGGAAGUACGUUUUAAAGCACGCCAGGAGUUCAUCAAGUCUACCUCGUCCUCUUCGCCAUACUCCCGCAUGCCCAGUUUCCGCUACCGCAGGCGGCGCUCACGGUCCAGCUCUCGCUCAACCGAAGCGUCCCGCGAGGCGUCGCCCGUGGGGAUGAAAAUGAUAAGCUCAGUGCCUUUAGGAGAAAUCAACAUGUACACAUUGACGAGAGACCCGCUGAAGUCAGGGACGGACAGCUCGUACAGCCCUGACCACGAUUCUGGAUUCCUUCAAGUGCACAACUGUUUUCCCAAAGACCUUAAUGAUGGCAUCAACAGGAGGACGACGCCCGUAUGAGGGUACAAAUUGGAACGGAGAAGAUAACGUGAAGGCCAUAUUGAAUGGAUAGCCAGCCAGGCUCAGUGGCCUGUGACAGAUAGCGGUGAAAGGGAUUGUCAUUGGUGCGACCAGUCAAGCGAUGACAUAUCUUGUUGGCGAAGGAGAAGCACUGUGCUCGGAAGGACGGAUUUGGUUCCGGAAUUCUACGCUAAUUUGUAUUUCCAGUCUCGCUCCUUACAUAUAAACGGGAAUUCUCAGAGAGACUCGUUAGGACUAGAAAUGAAGUAGAUGGUCUAUGGACAUUACAGUGGUUGUGCUUAAAUGAGCACAAACUUCGUAUAAGCCACUCGAUUAUCUUGUUAUUUGUCAGUACAGUGCCAUACUCUUGAUGUAUACCAAUAUAAAAACUGACUCAGAAUUUGAGAUGGUGCUAAUGUUGGCUGAUAGCUGAAGCCUUGCCCUCAAUGGAUGUUCGGUUUAAAUGUUUUGUAGUCACAGUUGUCUAACCCUCAGUGUGCCUAUCAGACUUACUCAAGAGCCACAACUCACUUCAAUGGAGUUUUUUAUGUUGUUGUUGUAAAACUGGAUUAUUAGUUAAAGGUGCUGUAAGUGAUGUCAUUCUUGAACUUCUCUGUUUCUUGUUCCCUCAAAUAUUGGCCACCAUGUACAGGUACACAUGUCAAAUGGUAGAAAACGCCUUAAACCCAGCAAGCAAUUUUGUACCUAAAAGACGUUUAAUAGCCAUCAAAACACAGCCUAGAUUUCUCUCAGUGAAACUCUAGUAGACGUUUAACCAUAGCCCAAAAAUAAAUAAAAUGAAAUAAACUGUUGACUUUACUUGAUGGAAUAUCACACAUCUCACAAGUUAUUUUGGCAAAAACAACAUGAAACCAAAUUAAAGUUUAUUUUGGAUAGAAGUGGGUUAUAGCCUAGCCUGAAAUGACGACUAUUGCUUGGUGAUAAGUUUUCCGGUUGGCUAAACUGUUAAAUUGUGGCCCACUUUUGCCCACUGUGUCGGUGUGACUCCUAUUAUAGUGAUAAUUAUCAGGUAAAGGGACAUUUUCUGUUAUUUCAUGAAAAAUCACUUACAGCACCUUUAAUUAAAUGAUAUAUCAGGUUAAUUUCAAUUUAGGAGAGUUACCAUUAUCAGUUAAUACCCUACUGAAACAGUUUAUGAAUUUCUUUUCUGGUAUAGGCUGGUUUAUUGUCGAUGGUGCUGGUAUUGGGAUGGUCUAGCUGGUUAGCCUGUUAGCAUUUCUGGUGAAGCUAGUUGGCCAAGGAAGUCUUAAGCCUGGAUUAUAGUUUGUUUUUUACGCGUACGCGAACCUACGCACACAGUCAAACACACAGCCUUGCAAAGCAUAGUUUAUUUGACCCGUAUGUGUACACAGACGUUCAACCAUGCACAUUGCGACAAAAUGCAGGGCAUCUCCUAAGCUACAUACUACAUUCUCCUGGAUGCCCAUGUUUGACUGACGCAUAAAAAGUACACCCGUUUAAAAAAAUCUGGCAGUGUACUAUUCUAAUGACGAACUUUGCCUCACGCGCACUGUACGCCGACCCUCGUGUAUGUGUAAAAACAAACUAUACUUUUAGCUAAUUUACUAUUCCUCCACUUACUCCCGAUAAUUUACUCACCCCAAUGUCUUUCUUCAAUCGAAAAUAAAUUACGUUUUUGAGGAAAACAUUCCUGUAUUUAUAUAGUUAUUGGACCCUAACAGUUUACAGUUUUAAAGCAGUUUAAAAUUGCAGUUUUAUUGCAGCUUCAAGGGCUCUAAAUGACCCCAAACGAGGCAUAAGGGUCUUAUCUAGCAAAACAAUUGUCAUUUUUGCAAAAUAAGCACUUUUAAACCACAACAUUUCUCAUAUUGCACUAGCCGUGUGAAGCGCCAGCGCGACCUUGCGUUUUAUGUAAUCACGUCGAAAGGUCACUCGUAACAUAUGUAAAACACACACUUGUGGACCAUUUUAAACAAUAACUGACACAAAGACAUUAAUUAGUAUCAUUCCACACACUGUACAACAACGUCGGAAUCUUGUAAACACUUGUAAACACUGGAGGGCUAGUUUCGCAUACAUCAUGCGCAUCAUAAGGCUAGUGCAAGAUGAGAAGUUAUGGAAGUUAUAUGUAAGUAUAUUAAAAGUCCUUUUUUUGGGGGGAAGUUAUGAUUGUUUCACUAGAAAAGUCCCUAAUGCCUUGGUUGGGAUCGUUUAGAGCUUUUUGUAGCUGCAUUGAAAUUAUACUCUGCAAAAAAUAAUUUUUAAGAAAACAUUUUCUUCAAAUUUAAGUGAUUUUGUGCAUAAAACAAAGCAAAAAAAUCUGCCAAUGAAGUAAGCUAAUUUUUCUUGAAUUUUUCUUGAAUUUAGUGUUUAAGAAAAAUGUUCAAGAUUUUUUGCUUACCCCAUUGACAGAUUUUUUUGCUUGUUGCUUCGACUUAUUUUCUUGGGUUAUUUUACUCAUCAAGAAAUGCAUCUUAAUUUAAGAAUUUUUACUGAAAACAAGACAAAAAUACUAAGAAUUUUUUUCUUGAAAAUAAUUUUUUGCAUUGUAACUGUUGAGGUCCAGUAAUGUUUACCUCAAAAAACUACAUUUCUUUUGGACUGAACAAAGUAAGACAUAAACGUCUUGCAAAAUAUGGUGGUGAGUAAAUUAUCUGGAUUUUUUUAUGAAUGUGGAAUAUUCCUUUAACACGAAUUAGUAUUGAUGAUUGGUAUACAAUGAGAAUAAAACAGAACAGGACUUUUAUCUUACUGGAAGUGAGCUCUCCUACCAUAAUGGAGUCAAACCCUUAUGGAAGUUUACAGACAAUUGUGGAGGACUCCUCUUACUGCUGCCACUUAAAUGGCUUUUGAUGAUGUCACCUAAACAAAUGGAAAAAAAUUUCGAAGUGAAGAAAGUUUUUUAUUAAAAUUAGAAUUUUAUUAAAAUAUUACGAUUUCUUUUCUAAGUUAAUUGCACUGCAAAAAAUAACUUUCUUACUUAGUAUUUUGUCUUGUUUCAGUAGAAAUAUCUAAAAAUUCUUAAAUCAAGAUGCAUUUUCUUUAUGAGCAAAAUGCCCUAAGAAAAUAAGUCUAGUUUUUAGACAAAAAUAUACAAUUUAAGUGAAUUUGUGCUUAAAACAAGCACACAUAUCUGUCAAUGGGGUGAAAAAAUUUAGCUUAAAUGAAGUGUUUAAGAAAAAAUAAAUCUUAUUUCACAAUUUUUUUCUCUCCCCAUUGGCAGAUAUUUUUGCUUGUUUUAAGCACAAAUUCACUUAAAUUGUAUAUUUUGGUCUAAAAACUAGACAUAUUUUCUAAUUUUCUCUUCAGUUCAGUUUUCUCUUCAAGAAUAAGCAUCUUAAUUUAAGAUUUUUAGAUAUUUCUACUGAAAACAAGACAAAAAUACCAAGAAAGUCCUACCCUGUCCCAUGUAUCGCAAGUGUAAAAGUCAUGCAAUACCUACGCCAAAUUCCACUUUGGCGUGCAUAUGAUACGCCAGUCCUUCCCAUUCACUUAAACGGCACAUCUUUUUUGUAGUUUUAUUUAUUGGUUUUCUCAAUGUUUUUGAUAUUUUUCUACCAUUUUCGCUUGGGUUUAGGGUUAGAUUAGGGUUUAGAUUUGCUUAAGGAGGUUAUUUAAUAUAUAGGUUUCUCCAUGUUUUUGUCUAUAUUUAAGCCAUGGUCGCUUGGAGUUGGGGUUAGAAUUGGGGUUUGGGUAAGGAUGUCAUUUUUAUAUAACAAAAAGUUGUUUUAACCUUAAACCCAAGCGAAAAUGGUUUAAAAAACAGAACAAAUUUGAGAAAAUAAAAUAAUUUUUGUAAAUAAAACUACAAAAAAAGAUGCGCCGUUUAAGUAAAUAGGAAGGACUGGCGUAUCAUAUGCAUGCCAAAGUGGAAUUUGGCGUAUGUAUUGCACGAUUUUUACACUGCUAUUUAUACGCAACUCUGUGAGACUGGGUUCGAUAGUCAUUUUUGCAUUGUGGUUAUUCACAAUAAGACCAGAAAAGUGCAUUAGGGAAGACCGUUUUGAUCUUGUGUUGACCGUAUACUAGAUAUGAAGCCUGUCAGAGACACCAGCACACCAGUGUAUUUUGCUGAAGGCCAUUACCCAAAAAAACAUGACUACUAACAGUUGGUGGUCUUGUAAGCAGUGCAAUUCAGCAGUACUACAUCACAAUGACUAUAGUGAUAGAUAGUCAACAACUGUCAGUAGUUAACCAGCCAGUGUUGUUACUUCCCAUUGUGUAUUGGUCAAAGAGUGAUGUCCACCGAGCGGUUUAGGGUCUACUUAAUGCUUGGUAUUUGCCGAAUGUGGGUUGGAAAUAGCCACUCAUUCUUAUAAAUUUAAGUGAGGGCUGUGCUGCAUCUCAAUGGUGCAUGGUUAGCAGGGAUUGUGCGAGUCCACUGAUAUAACAAAGUGGCAGAAUAGCCAAUCGAAUCCAGCCCUUAAAAAGACCAUUUAAAGUGUCUUAGCCUCACCAGAGCCUUACGCCUGGAGUUGACAUCAUCUCUCUCCCCGCCCCUUUGUUACUUGUAGUUUACCCUCCGUCUCGUGUCGCAGGUUCCUAUUGGGUUUCCAUCUCUGGACUCCAUUUUAAGCGUGAAUGGUUUCUCACAUAAUGCGAGUGCACAAAUUGAUGUAUAUAUCUGGUACAGUAGGUGUGUGACUAAAUCGAAGCCUUUACAGCUACCUUUUCUUAGUAAAGCCAUUAUAACCUGAGCUCUCCAGCCAUGGCUCUUUGUAGAACGGUGUGCGGUGGGUAGAUGUAAAUGUUUGCAUGUUUUUUUCUCUAACCAGUUCACUUUAUGUGCUUUUAACAGUAUUAUUAGCAGGAUGAAUCUAAUGCCUCACCGCCGAACAUUAUUCACUCGAAAUAUCUGUAAUGUUCUCUCUGUUCAUGGAAGAUGUUUUUGCUCUUCCGGUUUUCUUUUCAUUCGCUAACGUUGAUCUGGGUAUUUCUAUGUACGUAUCACAGAAGAUGGUAACAGUUGCUCACAUCAAUAAAGUAAA